GUUACUUUGAUUUCAUUUGAGUUGUAGAAUGGACUUAGAAUCUGCUGAUUCCUCAUCUCAACCUCAAACUAAAGCUUCUGAUGUUGAAACCUCUGCAGAAGACGACACUGAAGUUAAUAAGCCAGCUAAGAUUAGUGAUAUGGAAAGUCAUUCAUUGGGCAACGAUGUGGAACCUCCUGUCAAAGUUUAUAAUAUUGAACCUCCAAAGACUGAUGUGACUGCUGUGGAACAACUUUCAGAACUCAAGCUUAACUCUCAGAUCAUUCAAGAUUCAAUUGUAAAACAAGUCAAUGAAAACCCCAAGCCUGGAUGGGAAGCUGCCCUGAAUCCAAGGUUUUCUAAUUACACUGUUGGUGAGUUUAAGCACCUUUUUGGAGUCAAACCAACACCUAAGAAAGAACUUGUGGGCAUUCCUGUGGUAACUCAUGACAAAUCCUUGAAAUUACCAACUACUUUCGAUGCUAGAACAGCUUGGCCAAAAUGUAGAUCAAUCGGAAGAAUUCUCGGGUCACUGUGGUUCUUGGCGUUAGGUGCUGUUGAAGCACUAUCUGAUCGUUUCUGUACACAUUUUGGCUUGAACAUUCUCUGUCUGUUAAUGAUCUACUUGCGUGCUGUGGCUUUCAAUGUGGACUUGGCUGUGAUGGAGGUUAUCGACUCUCUGCAUGGAAAUACUUGGUGGGCAGUGGUGUUCUCCGAAGAGUGUGAUUCAUACUUUGAUGAGAUUGGAUGUUCUCACUCUGGUUGCGAGCCUGUAUAUCCGACUCCUAAAUGUGUUAAGGGGAACCUUCUCUGGAAUAAAUCGAAACACUACAGUGUCGAUGCAUAUAGGAUCAACUCAAACCCAGCUGAUAUCAUGGCAGAGAUUUAUAAGAAUGGACCAGUUCAGAUCUCCUUCAAUGUUUAUGAGGAUUUUGCUCACUACAAGUCGGGAGUUUACAAACAUGUGACAGGCGAUUUUUUGGGAGGCCAUUCAGUUAAGCUAAUUCGAUGGGGAACUUCAGAUGAUGGACGAGAUUAUUGGCUUCUUGCAAACCAGUGGAAUAGAAGCUGGGGUGACGACGGUUACUUCAAGAUCAUAAGGGGCGUAGAUUAGUGCGGUAUCGAAUCCGAUGUCAUAGCCGGUUUGCCAUCCACCAAAAAUCUUCACGACGUUGCAGGUCCGGGGAUUGUCAAAGAUGCUU